GCAGUAGACCACAGCCAGGCUCUGCUGACCCAGCCCGCGCCGCGCCGCUGCCUCCCACUCACCGCCGAUGCUGCCACGGUCUCCACUGAAGCCGCUGAGAGUCGACAGAGAGGAACUGACCGCUCAUCUCCCUUCUCCCGGAUCCCCUACCCGCGGUGGGUCGUUUGGCUGAUCCAGCUCUCCCAGGCGAGGCACGGAUCCCGCGACUCGAGCUGGACCAACCCCUCUAACACAGGACACCUGGACUCCCCUCAGGGGCCAGCAGGGUCACUGCAGGGAAGUGUCCACACUCUCAGGAUCACCAGAGCUUGCCCCUGACAUGUGUGCCACUCUGGUCAGGCAGCGGGACAGAGCUUGACCCGUGCAGGGUGUGGGCGGGCCGAUGCCGCAAGCAAAGAAGAGCACAGAGACCCUGGCCCCAGCGCCCCCGGGCCGUUCCCGAAGCCUUCUGCGUAGCCUGCCGUCGCCCGCUCUAUGCUGUGCCUGUGGCUUGUGCGUGCUGCUGGCAGGCCUGAACGUGACACUGGUGGGAGCUUUCGCCGCCUUCUUGCCGGGACACAACGUGCCUCUGGUGGUGGGGCCCGCUCUGCUCGUGCUGGCGCUCGGCUUCUUUGCUGCCUGCUGCGUGUGCAGCCGCCGGGGCCCCGUGCCCCGCGCGCGCUCCUCUGCCACCGCGGGUCAGGGUGGCGGGCGUCCAGGGACUGUGGCACUGGAGAUGGAGAGCAGCGAGCGCACGGCACAGGACACCACGGCGGUGCAGCUCAGUCCAGCAGCUUCUGCUGCAUCCUCCGGCCGCUCCAGCCCCGGCCCCGGCCUCUUUGCCCUGGACCCUCCCGCACCGGCAACCGCGGCCCCCUACUUGCCGCGCACCGAAGGGACGCAGCUUAACUUCCCUCGGGACCCGGCUGCCUCCUAGUGGGCCACGAGGAGCGGGGAGGGGAGGCUGCUGUAGGGGAGAGGGAAGGCCCAGGACUGAGCACAAAUGGCCUCAUCUGUACCAUCUCUAGAACUUCCAAUAGGGAGAGUGUACUGAUGGGAUUGGCUUUCACACCCCAAAGAGAGCAGAGCUUUGACCCCUUAGGUGGAGUCUCUAAACUCUACUUCACCCUCCCCUCCUCCUUCCCACGUUGAUUAGACUGGACCCUGGAUCUGGAAAUCUGACCCUCCCUGUGGCAUUUGAGCUUUAUGGAGGGAACUUCAUUCAAUCUAGAGGAUCUAGGUCGGCCGGCCAUCAGAGUGGAAAGAGGGGUGAAGGUCGAGCUAGCUCUACCAGGCCCUGUGCACUGUGGCAGGCAUCUAGCCAUCCUGCCUUUCUCCUCCUUGUCGCUAGGCUAACAAACCCUUUAGGUUUAAUUGGGGAACAAAGGUUCUGACUUCAGGAUGGUCCCUGGGAUAAGCCAGAUAGAGCACACCCAUCCUUUCUGUCUGACAAAGGUCAGAGGAGCUGAGGCUGGGGUCCUCCCUGGUGAGGAGUCUUUUCAGUCCUGAAGGUCUGUGUGUGAUUUUUUUCACUGCUAGCAACACCCACCUGGCAGCACCCACCGCCAUGACUGUGCCACACCAUGCGAAUGCUGUGCCUCGCUCAAUAAAGCACCUUCUGCGUCA